CGACAGUGUAGCACAUUGUCGCGCUUUCGUCCAACGUCGCCCAACCGCACCCGGACCGACCACUGAAAAACGGUCGACCACACACUCGGCGAUAUCGGCACCCGGGAUAACCUGAUCCCCGUUGUACUCGGUACUUGGGUUUGUGUGUACCUCGGUAUACCACUUAUACGCCGCAUCCGGUCACACAGCAGCAACCAUGUCGUCCACACCAGCCCAGGAAAACGGCACUGUCAACGGCGCCAAUGCGGCCCCGGCCCAAACAACGCCCACUCCGGCUCCUGCUACCGCUGCCACUCCCACCACUGCCCCUGCCGCUUCCGCCAACGGAACUGCUGCCAAUGCCAUGAAGCCUGAGGCUUCAUCCAACUCAUCCAACUCUGCAUCCAACGGCACCACCCCCGCUCCCUCUACCACUCCCACCACCGCCAGCAACUCUUCAGCCCCUGCUGCUGCUCAAGAUGAGAGCCUGGUCUGCCGAUGGGCUGAGUGCAAUGAGCGUUUCACUAGCGCCGAGGUGCUUUACGAACACAUUUGCGAGAAGCACGUUGGUCGCAAGAGCACCAACAACCUUAACCUCACGUGCCAGUGGAACUCGUGCCGCACCACCACGGUGAAGCGCGAUCACAUUACUUCGCAUGUCCGUGUUCACGUUCCCCUGAAGCCGCACAAGUGCGAUUUCUGCGGCAAGUGCUUCAAGCGCCCUCAGGAUCUCAAGAAGCAUGUCAAGACUCAUGCCGACGACUCGGUUCUGGUGGGUCGCUCUCCUCAGGACCAAAACGGUGGCAUGAAUGGCGCUUACAGAGCUCAGGCUCCAGUUCACAAGGCUCCCUCCGGUUUCUAUGAUCACAAUGGCCAUAUGCGCGGUACUAACCAAGUCCCUUUUGGCCAGCCUCACCAGAAUGGUCAGGCUAGUUACUACCACGCACAGUACCCAGCAUCCCAGCCCUACCACGCCCCCAUGUACUACCCAGCCCAGACCAUGGGCGGCCAGCGUAACGACUUCACCGGCCACCAGGCUGCUCCCUUCGACGCCCGGAAGCGUCAGUUUGAUGACCUGAAUGACUUCUUUGGCAGUGUUAAGCGCCGUCAAAUCAACCCGACCUCCUAUGAGUCGGUUGGCCGCGCUCUGAUGCCUCUCCAUGCUCCCUUGGGGCUUCACUCUGGAGGUCUGGCUACUGAGUACAUGGCUCAGCCUCCUCACACUCUCGGCAUGGCCAGCGCCCAUCAUCCCCUCACCCAGCACUACUACCUCCCACCCAUGCCCAAUCUUCGCACCAAGGAGGACCUCCAGCAAAUGGACCACUUCCUUGAGCAAAUGCAAGCGACUGUCUACGAGAACACCGCUGUGGAUAUGCGCCACCACUCGCCCACGUAUGCAACGCGCCCGAGCAUCGACCCAUAUCAUGGCGCGUCCCUCGCCUCCCCGCUUAGCGCCACCUCUCCUCACUCGGCCGGCACCCCUGCUGUUACGCCCACUCCUAGCAACAUGUCGUAUACUUCGGGUCACUCACCAAGCACCUCUUCCACCAGCCUGUCUCCCACCUCUCGCCACAGCUCUACCCCCUCGGUCUCCUACCCGACUCUGCCCAGCCGACCAGGUCUCCCCUACCCCUCGACCUCGGGUCUGGGCUCCAACUUCACCCACAAUGAGCGCCGCCUCUCGGGCGGUGUCCUGCAAAGCGCGCGCCGCGCUGCCGAUGAGGCCGACCGUGCGCCCACCCCCAAGGCCAGCGAGCAGGCCACAGUUAGCUCGCCAUCGGAGGAUUCGGAGACGGGCGAUGUGAACGGACCCGAAACCUACGACGACUGGCUCCAGCACAUGCGCGUCAUUGAGUACCUUCGCCAAGGCAUCCGCGCCCGUUUGGAGAGGCAGGAGUUUGAUGAGGACGACACUAGCAGGAUCGACCCAAUGGUGCUCGAGUCGUCGGAUCGGAACCAGCAGCAGCGUAACCAGCAGCAGCAGAAGAGCCCGAAUGAGCCGACUGCGGCGGGUCCUUCGGCACCGGAGAAGCCUCUUUAUCCAGUUCUUCCUCGCAUUAACUAAGCUCCCUAUGUAAGGAAGGCACAAGAGAAUCAGGGCUUGGAUGGGCGUUAAAGGCUGAUAGGCGUGAUGGUUGGAAUUGAACUGUGUUUUCCUUUCUUGUGUGUGGAGGGCAAAUGGUUGACUAUGCCAGGCUAUUGUUUCUUACUCGGAUGCGUGGUUACGUGUGCUACUUUUCCUUGAUCGAAGGAAGGAAGGAAGGAAGAGAAGGAAUGAAGGCCUUGGCUUUUAGCCGCGUACGUUUAGUUGUUUUCUCUCUGUCAAGGGUGCAUCCUUUUUGGGGGGUAUGCACGGAUGGGAUAUCAGGAGAAGGAAAAUAAGAAGUCUGCUUGCUUUGUUUGACUGUAAUUAUACUUUGCUACCAGUUGCUGCGGUCUACGCAAACCUUUCAAAGAUACCUCUUCCCCUCUUUCCCAACUUGUUCAUCUUUGUGUAGUUUGUGUGGAAUCUGACCGAGAGGUGGCUUAGAGGGAGUGUCUG